GCGCCAUCACCAGUUCCUCCGCCGUCUUCUACACGAUCCUUCCUUCUCACACCCUCGCAUUCGCCAUGUCUCCCUACACCAUGCUCCUCUUCGUCUUCGCGCUCGCGGUUGCCGCGUUUGCUUCGCCGGUCGACACCAACGGCACCGCUAUCGAGAAGCGCUCCCGCACCGGUCGUGGUACUUGGUUCGAGGUCGGCCUCGGUGCCUGCGGGAAGACCAACAAGGACAGCGACAAGAUCAUCGCGAUCUCGUCCAACAUCUACAACAACGGUGCUUACUGCGACAAGAAGGUCACCAUCAAGAACACUGCCAACAGUAAGACCGCUACGGCCACCGUCCGUGACGAGUGCCCCGGCUGCGGCUCCAACGACAUUGACAUGAGCCCGUCGCUCUUUGAGAAGCUCGGCGACCUCGACACCGGUGUCCUCACCGUCUCGUGGUCGUUCACCAGCUAAGCUGGCACCUCCCGACGCCGCGUCGCGAGCGACCCGACCCACCGUCCCUACCGAGCCUCGGCGCCCGCACCCUCCUCCUCCCUCCAGCGGAGCGGACUGGUGCGCGGCCUACACAGCGCCCAGCGCGCUCGCUCUGUCACUAUCGCUAUUUAUUGACCAUAGUGGACCGGGGGCGACUUAGAAGGCAGAAGUUAGAACGAAGCUGUAUCCAUAUACAAAAGGGCCAUCUCUGUAGCAUUAGCCUGUAGCUGCCUGUGUGCACGACUAUGGUCCAUUUCGCCGCCCUGGGGUCGGUGUGACAACAUAGACGCAUUCACUCCGCAUCCUUUCAUUUUCUUCUCGUGUGUCUAGCCGAAC